GGCUGCUUCCAUCCCUUGGCUAAAGAAAAGAAGUCAGACUCCACUCAGUUUUCAUUAACUGUUCAGUUAUCAUCUGAGAAAACCUCCCCUCUUUACGCUGCAGCAGCUAAAGGAAUAUUUGGAAUACCAAAGUAAUUUUUUGCAGUGAUUUCUUUUUGUCAUCUCAAUUCUCCACUGCCUCUGAAAGAAAUAAUCUGAAUUUGGAUCCGUCUGGCUUCAGGAUUGGAAAGCGACUCUCUAAGCAGAUCAAAUAUGUUUAUUAAAGUUCCAUUCUUCAUCUUCGUCCUGGGGAGCGUGCCUUUUGUAGCACUUGCUCAAGAAGCAAGCUCCGUUCUAGAAGGAGAAGAAAGUGCAACAAUUGAUUUCAGAGACAGAAAUGACACAGAUUAUGAAGAAUUACCAACAAUAUUUGGAGAGCUGAAGACCACAGAAAGUACCUCUGUCCUGGAAGGAGAAAGUGAAAAUGCUACUGCUUAUGAAGUUAACACAGAAAGUCUUGAUGGUGAACGGAGCGGGGAACCAGAGAAAACUGAUGAAGGUGGUCUGGGAACAAUUGCACUGGUUGGAAUAAUUGUUGGAAUCAUUGUUGCAAUUGGAAUCCUUGCUGGAAUAAUAAUUGCAGUUGUAAGGAAGAUGUCAGGCAGGUACUCACCCUAAACACAAUUGAAACAUGCAACCAUGCCAGUCCAUGCCGAAAAAUACAAGUGCUUCUUAUUUUAUACAAACUAAAGACUAUUCCUGUAUUUGUGUGAGAAGAUGAUCCAUGGAAAAUAUUGUCAAAUAAUUUCAGAUCUAUGGGGAUACCACACAUCUCUAAGGACCACCCUCACACCCCCCUUGCACCGAGCAUGGAACAUUUCAUAGGAUUUUCUACUAACCAGAAUUUUACUAGAAGAAAAAGAUUUUGCAGUAAGAAAAAUCCUGCAGCAAAGAGAUGUACAUCUGAAACGUGAUUUGCAGGUAUUAUAUGCUUGGGGUUUAAAUGCUACCAAAGAUUUUUUCACAUUACAUUCUAUGUAUUCUUUAAAAAAAAAAAAAAAAAGUGGUUUUGACUGGUUAAGUGCUCCUGGCAUGUUUAUCUAUAACAUGAUGUAUCAAAAAGGAGGAAUUAGCUUCAGUGGCAACCAGUUAUUUACAAAAUAGGAAAAUACUGGAUUUUGGAAGCUAAAAUCUUUCCACUACUGAUACAGAUUUUCUGCUCUUGAUACUUAUGUUAUUUUGUGGCAAAAUAUGGUAGGUCUGGCUGGAACUGAUCUACCAACUGAAAGCUUGCUCGUCUAACUAUGGCAUCAGGAAUUUCCUGCCUUCUCUUGUUGCAGAGGUAUGCAGGAAUUGAAAUACACAUCCUGAAUUAAGGGAUGCUUGGAAAAUACCCAGUUUUGAUGGGUCACUUUAGAGCUGACGUGUAGAAGCUUUUGAAUUAGCGUACAACAUGAUAUUUCUUUAUGUCUGUCCCAUUUUCUAACUGUACAGUUGAUUUGUUUGACAACUUGUGCAACACCAGGUCAGAAUGUGUCACUGCUUUGGAGUCUGCAGCUUUUCUGAGGCUUAUUUAGAGCAGCACAGCCUGAAUAUACAGAGCUCAGAGCAAAGUCUUUGCACGUCAAGUGGCUGCAGUGCAUCAGGUUUCCUAAAUUUUAUGGCAUUUCAGUGUUUGGUGUAAAAAUCAUGACAAUCAAUAUUGUCAUCCAUUUCUAAAUUUGUCAGUUUAUCUGUGUUUGCUUUUCUGUUUCUUUCAUGUGCCUUCAAUAUCAAUACAAGCUUUGGAAAUAAAAAUCGUAAUAUAAACUGUA